CCCGAGGGACUGUUUACAUCCGGGGUUUUUGCAACCUUGUUGCCAUGCGACAACAUAAACCUUGUCAGAUUGAUUACAUCUGCCAGUCGAUCCACAAGCGUCCAGACGAGUGGAAGAGUAGCGCCGAUUUUCCUUCGGAUUUUCCCCCAAAACAAGAGAGAAGAUUUCUCUAACCCCGUCGCCAACAAGAAAUGUCUUCUGAGAUCCUUUUGAAGGGAACCAGGAUGGAAACCGAAGGCUUCACCACCAAAUCUCGGUUGAGGAACGCGAAGGUACUUGCUCCACCAAAUGCAGGAGCAUUCAAGGAAAGACCAGCGAAACCCACUGCCUUCAGGAAGUUUUACGAGAGAGGAGACUUUCCAAUUGCUCUUGAGCACGACACAAAAGGCAACAAGAUUGCAUGGAAGGUUGAAAUAGAGAAGCUUGACUACCAUCACUACUUGCCCCUUUUCUUUGACGGUCUAUGCGAGACGACACAUCCGUAUGAGUUCUUCGCGAGGCAAGGCGUCCACGACAUGCUGGAACAUGGCGGCUCCAAAAUCCUCCCAGUCAUCCCACAGCUAAUCAUCCCCAUCAAAAAUGCACUAAACACAAGGAAUAGACAGGUGGUGUGUACGACACUGAAGGUCCUACAGCACCUGGUGGUGUCUGGUGAGAUGGUGGGGGAGGCACUGGUGCCGUACUACAGACAGAUCCUCCCCAUCCUCAACAUCUUCAAAAACAUGAACUUGAACUCUGGAGAUGGCAUUGACUACAGCCAACAGAAGCGGGAAAACAUUGGAGACCUGAUCCAGGAGACGCUAGAGGCGUUCGAGCGGCACGGCGGGGAGGACGCCUUCAUCAACAUCAAGUACAUGGUCCCCACGUACGAGUCCUGCAUGCUGAACUAAGGCCCACUCACACAGACCUGCUGUUGACACUGGUGUAGAUUAAGUCCUGCAAGUUUCUGUUUGUUUCCUGGUAGAGACAAUCAAAAAAGUGAGAGAUUAGUUGAAUAACUUGUAUUUGUGAGACCAUGCUUUGACGUCAUUGGUUUUCACCACUGAAUCUCACAUUUGUUGGUCAUCGGGGAUGUUGUCGCUAUCUCGUGUUCACAAUACUGCUUAUUCUUUAAGAAUAUAGAUGCAAUUCUCACAAUUCAUACCUCAAUGGGGAUGGACCUAGUGUAUCCUGUACCAAAGGCUGUCUUCUCUCAUCUCUAUAGUUUAUUUUUCAAUUUCAGCAACCACCGGUAGUCUACAAGACUAAUACAUUUCUCUCAAAUCAAUGAAAUUUGUAUAACUCAUAGAACAAAGGCUGUGGGAAAAAGAAAUGUCUUCUCAAAGAGUUUACAGUGAACAUUGAAUUAGAAUUCUAUAUGCAUCUGUUGAAAAGAAAAAUAAAGUCUAAUCUAAUCAAAGUGAAUUCAGACAGCACUCUCUGUACCAGUGUCAUCCGUAUAACUUUAGCCUACACUCAUGUAAAAUAUUGCUCAUGCCUCAUACAUGUAUGUGUCAAAUGUAGAGCCUUGCAUAAGACUAUGUCUACCAUUUUAGAAUUGUUUGUUAAACUGGAAAGUCAAACUAUCUCUCUACAAAUGUACUAUUUUUGAUGCCAUUUUGUUUGUGAAGUGUCUUUAGACUAUGAUCAAACAGGUUUAAAAGAGACCUUUUCCUUUCAACUUCGUUAUAACUUAAACAUAAAUACAUCAUGACAAACGACCAAUCUUUGACAGAUUUUAGAAAUGACAGUUGUCUGAAAAAAUAUAUCUCUGUUUAUCUGUUCUAAUUUUGGAUUUCUCUCGAUAAAGUUCAGGAGUCAACUUCUCACCAUCAGAUGUGUGUGAAAGUGCGGCAGAGCAAAUUUGCUCAUGUCUGGGUAUUUGUUCAUGAGCACAGUAGCAUGGUAACUCAGCACUCCCUGCACAAACGACUUUACCAAAGGUUGUGCCACAUUUUUAUUCACUCAACUACAGCUCAAGAAAGAUAGUCAUGAAUUCUAAGUACAGAAACAUUCCAGUUUCAUAUAUAGAGUAUUUGAGUACCGUGUGUUUUACCCCAGAUAUAGGUGAUGGCAACGUAUACGUUGACUGAAUGUGAAAGUGUAUAAAGAUACUGUCUAAUGUGUAAAUAUGCCUACUAGUUGACCGUUUGGAUUUGCCUAGGCAAGAGGGAUAUUUCUGUGUACAUUAGGGAUGGGGUCUUUCUCGUUAACUACCGUUUCACUGAUUAGAGUGUUUGAAAUUCACACCACCAUGUACAAUGGCAAGCUAGCGGCAUAUAGUUUUGUGCUUUCUUUGUACCGCUGCAUUGUGUAUGUAAUUUGGAAUAAAGACCAUUACUGGUACAAUA